AUGCUGGUACAUCUGUUUGGUGCCACAUCCUCACCAAGUUGUGCAGGAUAUGCGUUGCGGAGAACAGCAGCUGACAAUGAAUCGGAACAUAACGUUGCAGCAGUAGAAACUGUAAGAAAUAACUUUUACGUUGACGAUUGUUUAAAAUCGGUUAAAACUACUGAGGAGGCUAUUGAACUGUCUAGUCAGCUAAGGGAACUCUUAGCUAAGGGAGGAUUCAGAUUGACUAAAUGGCUUAGCAACGAUCGUCAGGUUCUAGAAAAGAUACCCAAGUCAGAAAGAGCAGCAACAGUAUUUAACUUGGACUUACAGGAGCUACCAGUUGAGCGAACACUAGGUGUUUUAUGGAACGUGGAAACUGAUAAAUUCACAUUCAACAUCAAGGUUAAAGAAAGGCCAAACACGAGAAGAGGUAUCCUUUCUACAACAAGUUCUGUGUACGAUCCUUUGGGAUUUGUGGCCCCAUUUAUCCUUGUCGCGAAAAUGUUGCUGCAAGAUAUCUGUACACAAGGUUUAGGGUGGGACCAAGAAGUAAGCUCGCAGGAUUUGAGUAGAUGGACCCAUUGGUUAGAAGAACUGCCACAGUUAAGGAAUGUCUCUAUAAACAGAUGCUUGAGACCGACCGUAGGAGAGCAUAAGCAUGAUCUUCAUGUAUUUUGUGAUGCUUCACAACGAGGAUAUGCUGCAGUGGCAUACUUGCGAUCUACUUGCCAAGGGAAUACUCACUGUGCCUUUGUGUUGGGGAAAACUAGACUAAGUCCAUUGAAGGUUAUGACUAUUCCUCGUCUGGAAUUGUCGGCAGCUGUACUAGCGUGCGCAGUUAGCCAAACGAUUAGAAAGGAACUUGAGAUACCCGUAAAAGGAGUGACAUUUUGGACUGACUCAACAUCUGUGUUACAAUACAUUCGAAACGAAUCAAGACGCUUUCACACAUUUGUGGCAAACAGAAUAGAAAAGAUUCAUGCUGUAUCGGAUCCUUCGCAAUGGCGAUACGUAGACACAAAGUCAAACCUUGCAGAUGAGGGAUCAAGAGGAAUUCAUGCUUGCGAGAUCACUGAGGAUUGCAUGUGGCUUAGAGGUCCUGAAUUUCUGUGGAAGGCAGACACAGAGUGGCCAAUUAUGCCAGUGAGCAUCGAUAACAAAGAUCUUGAGUUCAAAACUCCACCUGUACAUAGUUUAGCAUGCCGAGCAACAAUGAUGGAUGUAAUACUUAGGUAUUCAACUUGGACCAAGCUACUGAAGGGACUGGCUUGGCUGCUGAAAUUUAAGAAAUAUCUAUUAAGGAACUAA